UCAUGGUUAUCCAAUGAGAAAGUUCGUAGCGUGAUGAUGUUGUGUUGUGGCUGAAGUGGUUGAGGCUGUCUGAGAGUGGAGCUAGCUUGUUAUCCGGUCCCGGGACGAUGUCGAGUCGUGCUCUGCGUAGACUGAAGGGGAGACAGCGGGGACAGGAGGCCAUAGACCUCGGAUAUUUACAGACGGACGAUGGAGAACAGGCCCCGGACUUGGAAGAAGAAAAACAGGACGACGGUCUCUUAGAGCCAGCUAAGAAGAACACCAGCCGGAAAGCAAAGAAGAAUAAGUCGCAGAAAAACCUCAGCAAUAUAUACGAGCUGAUAUGUGAUGCUGAAAAUGACGCAGAGAAACAACCUGCGGACGAAGAGGCGACCGCCAGUCUAGGACACCUGAGCAGCGAGGAAAGCAAGGAGAAGAGCGAGAAUAAGGAGGACACCGAGAAAGGUGAAAAGCUGCCUGAGACCGAGAAAGGAACGUGUAAUGUCGAGAACAAAGCUCACAAAAAGAAGAAAAGGAAGAAGAAAAAAGCCUCGGCAGGAGAGACACGGGAAGAGGCAGCAGGAGAUGAUAUCGAUGCCUUGCUUGAAAGCAUAGAGACGACCAAUGGCCUUUCCCAUGAGAAGGACAGCUGCAGCAGCGCAGGCAGCAGAUACGUGCUCUAUGUGGAGCACAGGAACCUGAACUCUGAGACGGAGCUGAAGAGAUAUUUUGGAGCUCGUGCAGUUUUGGGGGACCAAAGGCCCCGGCAGAGGCAGAGGCAGUUUCACCGCAGCACCUGGAUGACCAUCCCCAAAGACACCUGGCCCCGCUUCAGCAGACCAGGGAUCUCCAUGAGUCUGCUGGAGUCCAGGGACGGCCUGCAGCACUUCACCUUCGAGCACAACCGCGACUACCAGCAGGUCCAGUUCAAGUUCCUGGAUGCGGUCGAGUCCAUGGAUCCCAACAACAUUGUGGCUCUACUGCAGAUUAACCCCUUCCACAUCGACUCCCUGCUGCAGCUGUCAGAUGUCUGCCGCAUCCAGGAGGACCAGGAAAUGGCGCGGGAUCUGGUUGAGCGUGCCCUGUACAGCUUUGAGUGUGCGUUCCAUCCAGUCUUCAGCCUGACAUCCGGGACCAGCCGCCUGGGCUACCAGCGGCCGGAGAACAGGGCGUUCUAUCUGGCUCUCUACAAGCACAUGAUGUUUCUGGAGAAGAGAGGCUGCCCACGGACUGCCCUGGAGUACUGCAAGCUCAUCCUGAGCCUGGACCCGGAGAAUGACCCCCUGUGCAUGCUGCUCCUGGUGGACUUCCUGUCGCUGCGCUCGCGAGAGUACACCUCCCUCAUACGGCUCUACGACGAGUGGGAGGUGCACCGGAACCUGUCCCAGCUGCCCAACUUUGCCUUCUCCGUCGCGCUGGCCUACUACCACCUGAGCCUGCAGGAGGACCUGCCCGAGGCGGAGAGCGGCCACAUGAAGCAGAGGUCUGACCAACUGCUCCAGAAUGCCCUGAUCAUGUUCCCCAGCGUCCUGCUGCCCCUGCUGGAUCUGUGCACAGUGCAGCCUGACACAGCCGUGUCCUCCCACGUGUUCUUCGGACCCAAAAGCCAACUGGGGCAGCCCCCCGCUCUGAGUGAGCUGGUCUCUCUGUACGUGGGCCGCAGCUUCGCCCUGUGGAAGGAGGGCGGGGUGAUGGUGUGGCUGGAGGGCAACGUGAGGGAGGUCCUGCGCAGGGUGGACUCCAAGGAUCCGCUCGUGGAAGACAGUGCUAACAAGAGGAAGCAGAGGUAUCAGAGUGCGCCGCGGAACAUCCACCGCCAUGUCAUCCUGUCUGAAAUCAAGGAGGCCACGGCGACCCUGCCCCUGGAAGUGACCACUCAGCCAGUCAUGGGAUUUGACCCUCUGCCCCCUCUGGACUCUGUGAUGUCAUACGUCAGGCCUGAAAGGCAGAAUGGGACAGCCUCAAAUGAGAGUACUUUAUCUCUGUUCUUCCGGUCCCUGCUGCCCAACUUCAACCUGCAGGCCGGCCCACAGCCGGAGGAGGAGCGUGAGGUGGCCAGGGCGGGGCGGGAGCUGAACCAGGAGGUCAACCGCCUGAUGGUGGCCAUGAGGGACAUGCUAGCCAACAUCCAGUUCCAGGAACCACCGCGGGAUGACAACCCGGAGAGGGACGAAGAGGAGUGGGACUGAGCCGAGGAGGAGGAGGAGGAGGAAGAGGAGAGGGAGAGGCGAAGAGGAAGAGGAGUGGGACUGAACUGGGGAGGAGGAGUGGGGCGGGGGGGAGAGGGAGGAGGAUGAUGGCUGGGACUGAGCCAUGGGUGUAGGAGGAUGAGGAGGAGGGGGAGUAAGAAGAGAAUGAGGAGGUGCUGGAAGAGGAGGUAGAGGAAGAGGAAGAUGGGGUUUGGGUAAUGACUUAGGGUAACAUGGGCACAGUCCUGAGAGAACCUGCUUUCUGGUGCAGUGACACUGAUUCGUAUACUCCUAGCUGCUUCACAUCACGUCUUCACUGACCUGUUGUUCAGGCUGCAGAACGCUGCCAUCUCGCCUUGUUCGCUGUGGAGUCAUCUGGGCGGCCAUGUUCUGCCCCUGGCCUGAGGCGGCCAUGUUCUGCCCUGGGCGGCCAUGUUCUGCCCCUGGCCUCGGGCGGCCAUGUUGUGUCCCGGGUCAGUGGCCCUGUGUCGAGAGGAAGCAGCAAAGCCCUUUCCCCCCGUAUGCUUGUUUAGAGAAUUCAAAGGGUGCAUUGUGCGUAAAAAACAAACGGCUUUCUCAUCUCCGCGCCUCAUGGCUGCUGCACUACAAGGCAGAGUCGCAGAGUCAAUCUUGUGUAUUCUAAGGAAAGGAUUGAGUAAACAGAAUCCCAAAAUAUCUUAAUAUCAUUUAAUAGCCAAUUGUAAAACUGGCUACUAAAACCAAAUUAUUUCUUGACACAAAUCAGAUUGCUGGAUGAAACAUCUUAUUCAGCCACAAAUCUAUUGUACUUCUCAGCGAGUUUUAAUUCCAAGCGAAAUUGUGUUUGAUUUGACUUUAAUUUUAUUUGAAAAAGCAUCGUGUUACUUCAUACUUCAUUUUGAAGAGCUUGACUUUCAAAGAGGUGUUUUUUUGCAGUACAUACCGUAUAAGCGGUCUUAUUGCAGUAAGAUCGCUGGUAAAUGCUGCCCAAAGCCAGUUCUCUGUACUGAAGUGGAUUUCUCAGAGAUGGUUCACUUUCUGGGUUUUGCUUUGUUGAUAUUUAGGUUUCAUUCCUGCUUUCCACUGGCCGAAUGUUUGGGUGUGUUGAAGGGUAUUUCCAGCAUUUAAUACGUUUCUGACAUCCUGCGUGUUUUGCAGCGGCAGGUAUAGGGCAUUCUGGGGGUUGUGGUCUAAAGUAGUAAAAUACACUUCAAGGACCUUCAAGGCAGCUUGUAGGACAGAGGAUGCACAGGGAAUGUAUUAAGCUUUUAAUAUUUCAUAUAAUCAUUAAUACCAGUUUUAGUCUUUUGCCAGAACCUCUUUCCUCAAGCACAGUCUAUCUUGGGUUGGUGCAGCAAAACAAAAAUGUUAAUAUUAAUAUUAAAUAUUGCAUAUAUAUUUCUAAUAAUGGGUGGGUACUACACACAUGAUCUCUGGAGGCAUAACAUAAUUGGACAAGCUGAUUUAAGUUUAUUGAUGGGUAUUGUCUUGUUUUACACCACAAACCCCUGUAUCCCCUACAUCUGUCAUUGUGAAGCCAUCUGAUCAUAGGAAAGUUCAGUACAUUUCUAAAUUAUCCUUCAUAAUGCACAAAAACUAUCAGGGCCAAUCAGAAUCAUACACCGGACUGUGAACUAUUCCUUUGGAUCUUGUAAUUUUAUGAUGGAAAUGUCUCUGGUGGUAACUACGAAGAUCCAGACUUGCCUAACAAUUUGCUGUGUGAACAAUUCACUAAAAAUGAAAUGUCAAUGAAUGUUGGAACUGCAAGUUUGUUCUCUAUAAAAAUGAAAACAUGAAAAAGACA